AUGGCCUUUUCAAACCCCCCUUUCCCCUUGAUCAAAUCAGACCAAAUCGAUUCAUCUAUGGUAUCGAAGAGGCAUAGGUUGAAUAAUGAUGCUGAGAGGAUAGGAGUCUGUAUGUCGGAUAUGGCGGGUAUGAAAGGUCUGGGUGUACAUAAGGUGCGCAUACCACCCAACGGAGAAUCAACCGAAAUCCACUAUCACCUCCAAGAUUCAGAAUGGCUAUACGUCCUCUCCGGUACAGGUAUACUUCUACUGCAAGAUGCGAGUGAAUCGUUCGAUACUUCUGAUGAUUCAAAGAAUAAUCGUCUGAUAGGAAGAGUUACAGCUAAGUCUAGUGAAUCAUCUCAAAGCAGAGUAAAGGAACACCAAAUUGCGUCUGGAGAUUUUAUGGGAUUCCAAGGCGGGAUACUAGCUUCCAAAUUUGCACAUUCGCUUAGAGCCGGUCCGGAAGGGUUGGAGUAUCUAAUGGGAGGAACGAGGGAGAGGGUCGAUGUCUGUUGUUAUCCCAGACUGGGGAUUAGGGAUGUUUUUGAGAAGACUUCGUAA